AUGGCGGCGCCGGCGCCCGGGGACCCCCGGGCCGCCGCCUCGGCCGUCCUGGACGAGCUGGCUCGGAACUUCACGUACGGGGCACGGGGCGCCGGCAAUGGCUCCCUGUCGGGCGCGUGGUACCGCCGGAACCAGAUUCACCUUUUUGGAGUUUUGCUGGCCAUUUUAGGAAACCUGGUAAUCAGCAUUUCCCUAAAUAUUCAGAAGUAUUCACAUCUUCGGUCAGCACAGCAAGAACACCCAAGGCCAUACUUCAGGAGCGUGUUGUGGUGGGGUGGGGUCAUACUGAUGGCCCUGGGAGAGACAGGAAACUUCGCGGCCUAUGGAUUCGCCCCCAUUACUCUCAUCGCUCCAUUAGGCUGUGUGUCUGUUACAGGUAGUGCUAUUAUUUCUGUUAUGUUUCUGAGAGAAAAUUUGAGAACCUCGGAUUUACUAGGUAUGACGUUGGCAUUGGCAGGAACAUAUCUAUUGGUGAACUUUGCUCCAAAUAUAACUCAGGCUAUCUCCGCAAGAACAGUACAGUAUUACUUUGUUGGCUGGCAGUUCAUGAUCUACAUGAUUUUAGAAAUAUUAAUUUUCUGCAUUCUCCUGUAUUUCCAUAAAAGAAAAGGAAUGAAACACAUUGUGAUUCUGCUAACCCUGGUGGCACUCCUAGCCUCGGUGACUGUUAUUUCCGUAAAAGCCGUCUCAGGCAUGAUCACUUUUUCUGUGACGGAUAAAAUGCAACUAACUUAUCCCAUCUUCUAUAUCAUGUGUAUCAUCAUGAUAGCAUCUUGUGUUUUCCAAGUCAAGCUCCUGAAUCAAGCCACAAAACUCUACAACACAGCGACGGUGGUGCCCGUUAACCACAUUUUCUUUACCGUCAGUGCCAUAAUCGCAGGUAUCAUAUUUUAUCAGGAGUUCCUUGGUGCAGCUUUUCUCACUAUAUUUAUAUAUCUUUUUGGGUGUUUUCUGUCAUUCCUUGGUGUGGUUUUGGUCACAAGAAAUAGAGAAAAGGAACAUCUGCCACAGUCUUACAUUGAUUUUGGAAAUGUUCCCGGGAAACAAAUGUUGGAUAAGAUACAACCAGAUUCAAGCGGCUUAUCCUAUGGAACUCUGCCUGAUGGAAGUGACUCCAUAAAGAGCCCGAAUGGAGAGAAGAAAGGGGUCUGA